AUGCUCAUCCUGAGUCCCGCCGAGAUUCCCGUGGCCGAUGCCGAGUGGCUCGCAAAGGCCCGCACCGAGAUCGACUCCAAGACCAAGCCUCCCGGCUCGCUCGGCCGGCUGGAGGAGGUCGCCAUCCGUCUGUGCGUUUUGCAACAGACCCUGUCUCCGUCUGUCGAAAAGGGCAAGAUUCUGCUGUUUGCCGCAGACCAUGGUCUUGCUGAUGAAGGUGUGAGCCAGUAUCCCAAGAUCGUAACCCAGGAGAUGCUCCGGAACCUCGCGAACGGCGGCGCAGCGAUCAACGCUUUCUGUAAUGCAAACGGCCUUGGGUUGGAGGUCAUUGAUGUCGGCGUCGAUACCGCCCUGGUCUUUGAAGGAAUCACCCGACAGAAGGACGCCUCUCCGCAUGGGACCCAGUCGUCUCUGCAAGGGCUCGCCAUGACCCAGGAGCAAUUCGACAACGCCGUCCAGGCGGGCUAUGACGCCGUCGACCGGGCCAUCCGCGAGGGCCAUCAGGCCAUUGGCAUUGGCGAGCUCGGCAUCGGCAACACCGCUACGGCUGCGGCUCUCUUGGCUGCUGAGAGCGGCUUGGCCGGAAGUCGAGUUACGGGCCGGGGCACCGGCGUUGACGACCAGGGGCUCGAGCGCAAGACUAAGAUUGUUGACGGAGUGGUCGAGAAGCACCAGGACCUGAUUCGGACUGGCGACUGGACGCAGAUCUUCAGAGCCCUCGGCGGCCUUGAGAUUGUGGCCAUGGCCGCUGCGGCUCGCCGUGCCGCCUUGAACCGCUUGGUGCUCAUCGUCGACGGAUUCAUUUCAAUGGCCGCCUUCCUCUAUGCCCUCAAGGUUUACCCCGAAGAUAGGGCGGCAUUCUAUCGAUCUGCCUUCUUCAGCCACCAGAGCUCCGAGCAGGGUGUGGUUGUCGCCAUGGAACGCAUCGAUCAGCUACUCGGUGAAUCCGGUCGCUCGGCGCCUCUGCUCAACCUGGGCUUCCGUCUGGGCGAGGGUACUGGUGCGGCCGUCGCUUUCCCUUUGCUCCGUGCUGCUGCCCACAUGGCCUCGGACAUGGCCACUUUUGCCAGCGCCGGUGUCAGCGAGGCCUGA